UUUAACAUCAUUAGGAACACAACUAAUCUGAUGCCUUCUCCGUGAUUACUGAUUAUUUUAUGUUAUUAUUAUUACUCUGUAGAUAAUAAAGUAUGUUGUAAGAGCAUGGUGAGAAGUUAGCAGGAAGAAAGAUAAGUGUUUUGUAGGCGGGACUCUUCUAUUAGUCUUGAAAAAGUCAUUACCCUUUGGACUUCUAAUGGCUGAUAAAGCUUUACUUUUCUCGGCCACCCGUCCUACUUAAACAAACAUAUCUCAACCUAAAGCCUUCUUCUAGCCAUGUCAUGCAAGUCGUGGAUGGAGGAAACGUUCUCCAAGAGAGAAUGUGUGAAGUUUAUCCCUUCUUCUCGAGAUCUACACAGAUGCAUCCCAGUGUGUCAAGUAUGCCAAAACUUGAUCAGGUGCUGCUGUGGUCGUCUGAUAGUGGAACACUCUUGGCAAGAGUCCCCUCCCCCCACAGUCAUCUGUCCUGGUCCUGGUCAGGAUGAGGCGGAGGACUGGUCCAUGGAACGCCACACCAGUGUCAGUCCCACAGACUCCUAUGGUACCAUAGACUUUCAGGACAAUGCAACACGCGUCUGUCGGGCUAAGUUUGUGCGUGUGGCUGUGGACACAAAACCAGAGGCGCUUCUCCAACUGAUGCUGAAGGAGUGGCAGAUGGAGAGACCCAAGCUCCUAUUCACUGUCCAUGGAGGCUGUGAAAACUUCACCCUCCCUCCCAAAGUCAAACACUCCUUCAGUAAAGGUCUGAUAACGGCAGCUCGCAGCACAGAUGCAUGGAUACUUACUGAUGGUAUCAAUACUGGUGUGUCCAAGUAUGUGGGUGAGGCAGUGAAAACCUUUGGUGGCCACAACUUGAGGAAGAGGAACACGGUUGGGAUCACACCAUGGGGAGUGAUUGACAACAACACAGACUUAAUAGGAAGCGAUGUCUUCAGGCCCUACCAGCCACUGGGGAACCCUUUGAGCAAGAGAGCUUGUCUUAAUAGUUUUCACUCCCACUUUCUCCUUGUGGAUGAUGGAACUUUGGGGAAAUAUGGUUGCCAACAAGGCCUCAGGAGGAAGCUGGAGAAACACAUUCAGCUACUGAAGAUCCACCCUCGAUUGAACCAAAGGGUGCCGAUGGUCUGUGUGGUAGUUGAGGGCGGCCCUGUCAUUGUGUCCACAGUGCUGGACUAUGUCAGCAAUAACCCUCCUGUGCCGGUGUUUGUAUUUGAAGGAUCUGGCAGGGCUGCUGACCUCCUUGCUUUCUUACACAAGCAGACUGCUAUUGACAGACAGUUAGAUGCAGAUAUUAAACAGGACUUCCUUGUACGGAUCAGAGAGGUGUUUGGAGUAGAUAGAGAGGAAGCAUCUCGCCUUUGCACUCUCCUCUUGGAAUGCAUGGAUCACAGACAAUCUAUCACCAUAUUUGAUUCUGAGUCAGAUGACCACGUGGCCCCAGAUGCAGCCAUUUUGACCACCACGCUCAAGGGCACAAAAGCCAGCUCUGCAGAGCAGUUGAAUGUGACUCUAGCUUGGGACAGGGCUGACAUUGCACAGAAAGAUGUUCUAGUGCAUGGACAACAUUGGCAGGUGGGUUCCUUGGAACAAGCCAUGCUGGAUUCUCUGGUGAUGGACCGUGUCAGUUUUGUCAAACUGCUGAUUGACAACGGCAUGACAAUGAGUCGCUUCCUCAACGUGGGUCGCCUGGAGGAGCUUUAUAACAUGCCCCAGGGCCACACCGGCCAUUUUCUUCACCACCUUGUAGAGGAUGUGAAACAGACCUCUCUUCCUCUAGGUUACCGGCUUUCUCUCAUUGACAUGGGCUUGGUUAUAGAGUACCUCAUAGGAGGAGCAUACCGCAGCACUUAUACACGCAAACACUUCCGAGCUACUUACAACCAACUGCAAGACAAGGAAGGUAAACGAAACAGUACGUUUUCCUUGUCCAAACAAAAAAGAGGAAUGAUACCAAACUUGCAGAAAAGCAAAAGUCAUCAGGACCCACAUUUCUUUAGAACUGCUCAACCUUACAAAUGCAAGGACAAAAAUAUGCCACAUGGUACCACUGGAAAGGCUGUGUGGAUCCCUGGUAUUAGCGAAGCACCGAUUGUCUCCUUCAACUUUAACGACCUCUUCGUGUGGGCCGUGCUCCAGCAGCGGCAGGAGAUGGCACUGUUUCUGUGGCAGCAUGGCGAAGAGGCGCUUGCUCGGGCCGCAGUGGCCUGCAAGCUUUACCGCUCCAUGGCCUUUGAGGCACGGCAAAGCAGCAUGAAUGACAACAUUGCAGAACAAUUCAAAGCAUAUUCACUGGAAUUUGGUCAGCUGGCGGUGAAUUUAUUAGACUGUGCUUUUCGCCAGAAUGAGAAGAUGGCCAUGAAGUUGCUUACUUCAGAGAUGGAGGCGUGGAGCCACUUUACUUGCCUGCAAAUUGCAGUUUCUUCUUGUCAUCGACCCUUUGUGUCGCACUCUUGCACACAGACCCUCCUCACCGAUCUCUGGACCGGCCCCCUAAAUAUGAGGAAAAACUCUUUUUUGAAGAUAAUUUUGAGCCUUCUUCUGCCUCCUGCCAUCUUGCUUCUGGAAUACAAAAGCAAAGCUGAAAUGUGCCAUGUGCCCCAGUCUCAUGAGGCAAUUUUAUUUGUACGUGAUACUCUAAAGACAGGAGCAACUCACGAGGAAACCGAUCACCUGGGUAAUCAGGAUGCAGAGCAUGGACUGCCAGUCCAGGACAGAUGUUGUGAUUCAGUUUCUAAAUGCCUUUCCCCAUUCACUGGGCAUUGUGCGUCAUGGAUCACAAGGCUCUAUGAUUUUUACACAGCUCCAGUUGUUAAGUUCUGCUUCCAUACAAUGUGGUACCUGGCCUUCCUGAUGUUAUUUUCCUACACCAUCUUAGUGAAGAUGGGAGAUGAACCCAGCGUCCAGGAGUGGUUGGUCAUUUUGUAUAUCUUGUCUACUGCAGUGGAGAAAACCAGAGAGGUGCUAAUGUCAGAGCCGAGACAGCUGAGACAGAAGCUAAAGAUUUGGUUCUCAGAGUACUGGAACUUAUCAGACUUCAUUGCCAUCAUUCUCUUCCUGGCUGGUUUGACGAUGCGUUGGCAUGAUGAUCCAUUCCGGACAGCCGGGCGGAUUACCUAUUGUCUGGAUAUCAUAUUUUGGUUUGUCAGGGUCAUGGAUCUGCUGGCUGUCAAUCAACAUGCUGGCCCUUACCUCACAAUGAUCACCAAGAUGACUUCUAACAUGUUCUUUAUUGUGGUCAUGAUGGCGAUAGUACUACUGAGUUUUGGAGUGUCCAGGAAGGCCAUCCUAUCCCCGUAUGAGGUCCCAUCAUGGAGCUUAGCUCGUGAUGUUGUGUUCCAGCCUUACUGGAUGAUCUUUGGAGAGGUCUACGCUUCUGAGAUCGAUCCAUGUGAUGAUGGUCAUUCAUGUCCUCCUGCUUCCUUUCUCACGGCAUUCCUUCAGGCGGUCUAUAUGUUCUUUCAGUACAUCAUCAUGGUCAACAUUCUCAUAGCGUUUUUUAACAACAUCUACUUUGAUAUGGCGUCAAAGUCCAACAAGUUGUGGAAGUACAAUCGCUAUCGUUACAUAAUGACCUAUCAGGACAGACCUUGGCUUCCUCCACCUCUAAUUCUCCUCAGUCAUGUGACUCUUGGUUUGAGAGCUAUUUAUAGGCUUUUUAACAGGAAUGCUGAGGGGGAAGAAAGGGGUUCUGGACUUAAGCUCUACUUAGGCCAUGAUGACCGUAAGAAGCUUCAUGAAUUUGAGGAGAAAUGUGUAAAGGCCUACAUUCAUGAGCAAAAUGAAGCUCUUCACAGCAGUCAGAUGAAAAGGAUCAGAGUGACAGCUGACAGAGCAGAAGAGAUGUGCACAAUGGUGGGAGAAGUCUCAGAGAAAGUCAACAUCAUACAGGACAGCCUUGUCGAUUUGGACUGUCACCUGGGUCAACUACAAGACCUGUCAGUGCAGGGUGUGGACACAAUAACCCUGCUCUCCGCUUCUGAUAAUCUGCAACAAGAGGAGGCUUGCCUGGUUCAAUGCCGGCCAAUCACAUCAUCCCAGCACGUCUUCCCUCACAGCUGGGCUCUUCUCCACAGAAGUGGUGCGGACUGUGAUGUGGCUAAUAUGAAACAGCUGGUUUCCAAGCCUUCUAAAAGUACUCCGACUUCCUUGCUCAAAGUCUACCCUCUUAGACGUACAUCACAGGAGUCCCACCUAGGAGUCAGAGGGAGCAAUGGGGAAAGAGAAGGACAGAUUGAGGAGGGAAGUGUAAGAAAAAUGGAGGAAUCACAUUUGGCUGAGGCCCACCAUCGCAUUCUAGGCAUUUCUCGAACUCCAUCGCAAGUUUCAUGUUUGCACAUGAAUGCAGUUGGAAGCUCAUUCAGUGGUUUGAGUGAUCAGACACCUUAUGAGUCGUACGGACCAUCUCGCUGCGGGUCUCCUCUUUCUCUCAGGUUUAGUGACAGAGGGCUGGAGUCACUGUAUUAUAAAUUGUGGAGCUGUGACCCACUACUAAAUCGUGAGGAAAUUGACAUGGAAGAAGAGGAGGAGGAAAGAGAAGUCAAUGGAUGUGAUGAAGUAAAAGAACAGAAAGAAAAAGACCAUGAACAUCUUCUUUCUGACCCUGGAAACAUCUCUGAGAGUUUUGCAAAUCAUAACUUCCGUCAGAAUGAUUUCCAGACCAAACCUUCGGUAAAGCCCUCAAGGUGGGCCUUGUCAAGAAAGCACCCUUACGGCUACAGCAGAUCUUUGUCAUCCAGUGUAGAGAAUAUGACAUUCUCCGGGGCAUCCCCACAUCCAUGGAAGGGAUCCGAUCCUAGCCUUGUAGACCCAACAAACAAGCAUGCUGCACAAAAAACUUUAAAAGAUGACGCAUCAUUACAAUGGAGCAGGCAUAGAGAUUGGUCCAAGUCAUCUGACUUCACCUUGAACAGAAGAAUGAGCCCUAACAGGAAGACUGUCAAAAUACAAGAGAGCUGCCCCGACAGCGAAACCCUGCCAACACAUAUGUCUGCUGCUUGCUGGAAAAGAAAGCGAAGGCUAAGAGGACAACCGACAUGUUGGUCUGCUUCAACUAGUCUCAGUCAGCUCAAUGUUGAACCCAUGGAUUUGCAGAAGCACAAUUUUUCUCAACAGGAUGUGUGUAGUCCUACUCAUUCAGCAUGGAAUAGCUGCACCCGAUCAAUUAGCCACAGGUCUUUGUUACAGAGCAGUAGAGUCGCUGAAGGAAGGAGUCCCUCAUUCCAGUCCACCGAUACAUUGUAUCCACAUUAUUCAGCUAUGGAGAGAAACAAUCUGAUGAGACUGGCUCAUACCAUCCCUUUUACUCCAAUUUCCAUUCUUGGUGGCGAAGAGGUCAGCAUUUAUUCUUUGGAGGAAGUUUGCUCGUCGGCUGACCCUGAAUCCAGCACAUCUUCAUGGUCUCCCCGAGUCCUGUCUGCAUUGCUUCAGCCUCUCCCUAGUGAAGAAGGAUCUUUGGAUGGUGGUCUUCGGCGGGGCUGCAGGGUGCUGUGCACAUGGGCCGAGCAGGAUGUGCUUAUACCUGGUCUGGUAUAUGUGGUCAAAGCCUUCAAACCAGAGGUGGUGUGUGCUUGGCAGAGGUACUUUCGUGGUUGUACAGCACUCCAGCUUUGUUUGAGGGAAAUCCAGCAGCAGAGGGCAGCACACAAGAUGAUGCACAUUUUCAACCAGAUCAAACCUGUUGGCAUUAGUCAUUCACCAAAAUUUCUGGAUGUUUCAUUAGUCCUAUGGCAUUCAAAUGGAGAGUGGCUUACUAUAGAAAGAAACAUGUCUGGUAACUUCAGAAAGUACAACAACAACACAGGUGAGGAGAUCACGCCCUCUUCUUCAUUAGAAGAGCUGCUCUUAGCGUUCUCACACUGGACUUAUGAGUACUCAUGCAGAGAACUACUGGUGCUUGAUAUACAAGGAGUAGGUGAGGAGCUGACUGAUCCAACAGUCAUUAUGGGAGAAAAGCUCAGUGGUGGCAUAGGUGAGAUGCUCUUUGGACCUGACAACUUGGGAGAUUCUGCCAUCAACGCUUUCCUGCAAAAACACUCAUGCAGUGCCUACUGCAACAUAUUUGGCCUAUCAGAUUUAAGGAGGCAUCUGGACACGUGUAGGUACAGCCGUGAGGCAGAGACCACAUUGGGCGUAGCAGAACAAGAGGAUGGCUCAAACCGACAUGUAACCUUUGACCCAUGAAGUAGGAAGAAAGGACACGUGCACCUUAGCAGUUCACGUACACAAACAACUCUGAAAUCACACUUUGGAAGGUAUUGGCUAGUUCCAUGUCAUUGAAAAAAUAGACAUAUGAGAGUCUGUAAGAGUUAAAAUGAUUAAAAAUAGAAUCAGAAAUAUACCUACUGUAAAUGCUGAUAUAUUAAUGGGCUCAAAACAGAAUGGAUAAUCCACCUGUGCUUAUAAUGCAUUAGUUCACAUUUGAUCAGUUUACAUCAUUAAACAUUCUGUGUUGAAAUGUGGAAAAUGUUUUUUGGUGAAACUAAAACAUUUUUAAUAAUAUUGUUGUUGUGCAUGUGCGGGGCGGAAAAAAACAGGCAGAAAUGCAUCCAUAAAAUUUAUUGUAUUUUUUCUUCCCACAACAAAAUGUCUACAAAAGCGAUAAAAUAUAGAAUUUAACAAAAAAAAUCACUUCAGACCUUCUCAUUAUAUGUACACAUAUCAAAGGAGGACUCCGUAAAGGGCCCUGCAUAGCUCUGAACUUCACCCCAUUCUAAUCCUUAACAUGUGGGUGUCUGCGACUCAAUUAAAUGCAAAUUUAUACAUGCACACACACAGGCGCGCACAUAUAUACUAUCAUUCUGAUGUGAAAAUGAAACUGCACAGAGGAGUUCCUGGAUUGAUAGAGUCAGAGCUCAGAGUCCUGUAGAGUCCUCCAUGACCAGAUGAAGAAAGCAUAAAAUGUAAAAACUGUUAAUCAAAUGCACAUUUUCCUUGAAGUUUCCCCUUGUAAUGAUUGCUUCUCAAGUAAACUCGGGCAGUAAAACAUCUAUACAGUCCUUUUUUUCAAUCAUUCCUCCUCUCAUUAGCUAUGGCACUUUGAAAACAACAGAAAUAUAUUUUUUUAUUUUUUAUUUUUUGUUAGUCCUGUGUAAAAGAGGUUCUGUAAGCCCAAUGACCUUUUUUAAGUAUUGGUUACAGUGCUACAUUUUGUUUUAUUUGCUCUUGCUUGGACGCCAAGACAUUCUAAAUAAUAAAUUAACAAUUUUCAACACUACUUCAAUUGCACGCGUCUGUAAUGCUUGGAGAAAGCUUACAAAGCAUUGGUAGAGAAAAUAUCAUCUCAGUCUCACAGUAUCGCUUGUCUCUCUCACACACACUCACUCAGGUUCUUUUCAAAAAAGGUCGUAGAGUUUAUAGGUGGAGUGUAUUUGACAAAGUGUGUAGAAAAUGGAUUUUUAAAAGAAUGUAUCUGUCUGUGUUGAUGGAGUGGUAAAGGCGUAUUGCGUUCAGUCUCAACGCUGAAUUGUACUCCAUAACAUUCAGAAAGUUUACCCUUCCCACAUCAUUCCCUCCCUCUGCAGGGUAAGGGUCUCUGAUCCGGUUCAAUAAGGCCAGCACAGAAAGGGCCGUUCAUUGACUGGUGAUAGUAACUCACACAUUCGAAGGUAUAAAGAAAAAAAGUAUGCAUGUUUUAUCCAUAUGAACAGUAUCUUUUUAAAUUGUUUGUGUAUAAAUAAAAACUUUUUAUUUAAAAGUCCUUCAGAUUGUUGGAAAAUGACUCCGGUCCUAAACCCACCCUGCCAAUAAUCCCUCCCAGGACCCCGUAAUAUCAUGAGAAGAGAAAACACAAAUAUGCCCCAAAUGUUUCAUUGCAAUAAAACGUCAUGCAAAUAGAACAGAACAACAAUAGGCUAGUAGUAAUAGAAGAAUAGUAGACAUAAUAAGAACAAUAAUAAUAGUAAAUAGUAAUAAAAUAAAAAAUAAUCUUACAAUGCAAACAUGACAGUAGUAAAUGCCUCCAGUUCUUAUUGCUACAGUAUCUUACUUACAGUGUUGCGUUACCACUUGUUCUUGCCAGCACAUCCUCUCUCACAACCCCAUCCCACCCCUCUGAUUCACAGUCUAACAAGGGAAAAGGAAAACAUCACACACCAAAACUUCAUCGCCAGAGUUUGAAUUCACUGUCCAACGGUGUUACGACGGUGCUCGAUUCACAGUUUGCUAAUGAACGUCACACACGGUCCCAAAAGCAGCAAAAUAAGCAAUAAACGUAAGUGUACACGGACGAUGUCGAGCAAAUAUAUCUCUAGUAAUGCUUAUUAUUAUAGUCUGGGUACUAACGACCUUUGGACAGUGAAUUCAUGCUCUGUAUACAACAUACACACACUGAUCAAAGCCUUGUCUGGGCAGAUUCCAUUACCAGCCUAUGCUGCGUUUUAUCGCAAA